AUGCCGACGUUGGACAAGGUUCUUGUCGCCGUAAACGAAGAAAGGGAUCUACCAGAUUUUUCUCGCAUAUCACUGUUCAGAUUAUUGAAAUCCAUGGAUUUUGUUUAUAUCAAGCGAGGACGUCAUAGUGCUUUAAUAGAAAAAUUAGAAAUUAUUCUUUGGCGGAGAAUAUAUUUAAGGGAAAUCAAGCGAUAUCGCGAGGAAGGUCGGCCUAUUUACUAUUUGGAUGAAACGUGGGUGAACGCCGAAGAUGUUAAUAGUAAAGUGUGGUUCGACAAGACAGUGACAUCAGCUUAUAUGGCUUCUUCUGAGGGACUUUCCACUGGAGCAGUAAAUCCUACCGGCAAGGGAAAACGGUUGAUUGUUUGCCAUAUAGGUUCCCAAGAUGGAUUUGUUCCCGGAGGUCUUUUAUGUUUCGAGUCUAAAAAAAAUACGGCAGAUUAUCACGAUGAGAUGAAUGGGAACUCUUUUCGUGAUUGGUUGGAAGGUGUUUUGCCCAGUCUCAAAGACAACGCUGUUAUCGUGAUGGACAACGCGCCUUACCAUUCUGUAAAAAUGGAGAAAUGCCCAACGACAAAUUGGAAAAAAGGAGACAUCAUCACGUGGCUUCAAAGUAAAGGGGUGGAAGUUGAUACCACAAUGAUAAUUCCAGAAUUGUUAGAGGAAGUAGAUAAAAUAAAACCAAUGUACAACAAAUAUGUCAUUGAUGAAAUGGUAAAGACUAACGAUAAAAUUGUACUCAGGUUACCUUCUUACCAUUGCGAGCUUAACCCAAUUGAGCUCGCAUGGGCUGCUGUAAAAAAACAUGUUAGAGAUCAUAAUAAAACUUUUAAAUUACAAGAUGUUAAAAUACUAAUGAACGAAGGGGUUAACAAAGUAACUCCAGAGAUGUGGAAAAAUUUUAUCGGCCAUGUCGUUAAAGAGGAGGAAAAAUCCUGGGAAUUGGAUAAUAAGGUCGAUGAAUCCAUAACUGCUGAAAAUCAACCAUGCACCCUGACCAUGCGAUACCGACUCGGACGACGACGAUGA